AUCACGCCCUCAUUUCCCAACAUCCGGGAACUUUUGAGCUAACCAGUGUGGAGGCUGGGUAAGGAAAGGAGGGCAGUGGUGGAAAGGCGGACUGAUGACAGCUGUCACUGUGGACAAAAACACUUUCAAAUUACGAAGACUGUACUAAUGUCGGACCCUUAAAUCUCAACGGGGAAAGGACAACUCAUUUGCUGAGUCGCCAGGUAUUUCAAGACGUCGCAAAGGUUUUUUACCUACUGUUUAAAUUCCCGUCAGAGCCUUGCACAUUACUGGAGGAGCAACAGUUGGUGAGGCAACAUGGGCACACAAGGCUCUGGUAGGAAGCGUGCCCCUCUAAAAGAUAGGUUCUCUGCAGAGGAUGAGGCCUUGAGCAGCAUUGCCCGAGAGGCACAGGCCAGGCUUGCAGCAAAAAGAGCAGCUCGGGCAGAGGCCAGGGAUAUUCGAAUGAGAGAACUUGAGCGGCAGCAGAAAGAGCUGGACGAAAAAUGUGACAAGCAGUAUUCAGAUUACAGUCGGCCAUCUUCCCGCUGUGCCACCCCAGGUCUAUCAGCAGCCACCCUGGCAUCACUGGGUGGCACCUCAUCGCGACGGGGAAGCACAGACACCGGCAGUAUUUAUGACCCAGACACCAGUCUGAGUGAACUUAGGGAUAUCUAUGAGCUAAAGGACCAGAUUCAGGAUGUAGAAGGGCGAUACAUGCAAGGGCUUAAAGAGCUGAAGGAGUCCCUUGUAGAGGUGGAGGAGAAGUAUAAGAAAGCAAUGGUAUCGAAUGCGCAGCUGGACAAUGACAAAGGAAACCUCAUCUAUCAAGUGGACACAUUAAAAGACGUCAUUGAAGAGAUGGAGGAGCAAAUGUCGGAGAUGAAGCGGGAGCUGGAAGAGAAGUCAAAGGAACUAGAAAGGCAAAAGCACUCAUGUACUGUCCUGCAGCAUAAGCAAGAAGAACUGAAAGAGGGAAUCCGCCAGAGAGAUGAACUUAUUGAGGAGAACCAGCAAGUGCAGACAAAGUUAGAUGCUCUCACCAGAGAGGUGUUUGACCUGCAGGAAACGAUAAACUGGAAGGACAAAAAGAUUGGGGCCCUAGAGAGGCAGAAAGAGUACUUUGAUUGCAUUAGGAAUGAGAGAGACGAGCUCAGAGAUGAGCUUGCAGACCUCAAGGGGAAGGCCAAACCAGUAGAGAAACAUGGGCUGGUCAUCAUUCCAGAUGGCACACCAAACGGAGAUAUCAACCAUGACCCUGUGUCCUCAGGGAUCACUGUGGUCUCACAGGAGGCCGCUCAGGUGCUGGAGUCUGCUGGAGAGGGCCCGCUUGAUGUCAGGCUACGGAAGUUAGCUGAGGAGAAGGAUGAGCUGUUAUCUCAGAUCAGGAAGUUGAAGAAUCAGCUAGAAGAGGAGCGACAGAAGCACUCAAAGGUGGACAGUGUGUACACCGACGGCGAGAAGAUGGAGAACGGUACAGACCUCCACUUCAUUGAGAUGCAGAGAGAUGCCAAUAGGCAGAUUAGUGAAUACAAAUUCAAGCUUUCAAAGGCAGAACAAGAAAUGGGUACGAUGGAACAAAAUAUAAACAGACUUGAAGGACAAGUGUCCAGGUACAAGGCAUCAGCUGACAACUCAGAGAAAAUAGAAGAUGAGCUUAAAGCAGAAAAGCGCAAACUCCAGAGAGAGCUGCGCACGGCUCUCGACAAGAUAGAGGAGUUGGAGAUGACCAACAACCACCUAGUAAAGCGUCUGGAAAAGAUGAAGGCCAACAGGAACGCUCUCCUCUCGCAGCAGUGAGGCCCAGCCAGCAUCACCACAAAGCCCUUAAAACUCACACCUCAGACUGCCAUGUAGCGCCCUGAGAACAUGUGCUGUCCAGCUCUAACACUUCAACAUGUGUAGCUCACCAAAAACACUUGAGAACUUCAAGCAUGGACAAAAAAAACAAAAGAGAGCAGAGCUGCCAGAAGUUUUGGUUUGUUCUGGCCGGCAGUUGCCAAGGUUCAAACAUAACUUGGGAGAUACAUGUGAGGAAAUUUCUACUUUCAUUUUUUGUUCUGCAACACGUUAUUGGCAAGAUUUUACUUGAUUCUGGCUGGGAGCUUGGCUGUUUUGUUGUUUUGUUAAGUUGCAUGAAUGAGUAUCAUGAUGCUUUUAAAAGACUGUCACGGCUGCUCUGGCCCUGCACCUUCCAGCUUCCCUCACAGUCAAAGUGCCUUCUCACACUAGCAGUCCCACUGCUCCAUCGAACAAUAACUGUUUCAACUGGUACAUGAUGUAUUUAAAGAGGUGCAGAUGGAACAUAUAUAUAUACACACAACCAACUGCUGCAGUUUCCUUGACUUUUUUUUUUUUCAAUAUUUAAAAGAUUCUUGAAAAUAAAUGUGUAAUUUACAGAACUGU